CAUUUAAUAAAUAUUCCUGAAGCAAAAGUCUAUAUGGAAACGCAAGUACUAGUAGCACCAAUAGACUAUCCCGGGCAACUUUAUGUACGGCGUGGAAUUACUCGUCGUAUUAAAUCUGGAGAUUCUUCUGGAAUACCAGAGCAAAUUCUGCAUAUC